AUUAAAGUCAGAAUUCUGACUUUAAUCUCAGAAUUCUGACUUUUUUCUCAGAAUUCUGACUUUAAUCUCAGAAUUUUGAGGUGGGCACCUGCAGGCAUCCAUCUUCAGUGACAGGGAUGUGUCCAGGUGUGCAGGUGGAGACCUAAUUCACCAAACAUGGUGGAUAUAAGUGAUUUUUUGCGUGGCCGAGGGGUCCCCGAAGAUGCUGUUUUAUUAAUGGAAGAGCAGAAGAUUGACUGUGACGUCAUAGCACUGAUGGAUGACGCAACUUUGGCAAACUACAUUCCCUCGUACGGAGACCGAAUUGCCCUCUUCAAUUUCUGCAAAAGCAAGCAACCACUGUCAAAAAGAAAACUAGGACUUCUGCAAAAACUUCGUGAGAAAAUGAAAACCAGAAAAGAAAGUCCAAAGGAGAACACCUCACAUACAGAUGCAGGAAUAAGACAGACAAAGAAGCAAAAAGCAACACGAAAUGUUGAGAUAGGAUGGAUACAUAGUGAUGGAAAAGUAGCCAAACAGGUGAGAGCGAAGCAGGGAGGUGGCACUAGAAAAAUUCAAAUGGCCACUGAUGCUGGAUUAAAAGAUAUUCUUCAAGAAGGAAAGAAACUUUUUUUUCCUGAUGGCAUAUCUCCUAAGGGAUGUGAAACAGAUUUUGAGUUUGAGGUUUGGGACUUUAAACAGAACCACCUUACUGAUGAUACCUGCCAGUCUAUUGGCAAUAUGUAUGAGGCAGCGAGACUGACAAUGUUACGCUUCUACAUCGCAACAAAACCAAAAGAUCCUGAAGAAGAUGCCAGCGAGACAUCUGAAGUGGUGUUUGUCUCAGAAAGCAGUGGCAGUGAUAGUAAUCCAUUGCAAGUGGGGGAAGUCAGGGGUAAUUUUGAUGAAGUCAUCACUGGUUCAGAAAUUUCAGAUGAUCCAGAAAUAACUUUUGGGCCAAUUUUUGAUGCUGAAGAAGAUACAGAAGACACAUUAGUCUAUGAGGGUUUUCUUGUACCCCUCAGUCCACCUAAUUCAGAGAACGUAAUAACAAUCACCAUACGUCAUACUGACACUUUACGUGACAUGAUUACUGCUUUCUCUGAUGCAGAGAUUUUGAGAAAAACACUGAAUGUGAAGCGCAUACUUCCAGACAACACAGAAGAACCAGGCACUGGAUCAGGAAUACUAAGAGAUGUACUCACAUGCUUCUGGCAUGAAUUUAUGAGCGAUGCACCCUAG